AUGCCUCUCUCGCCCACCUGGGCUUUUCCUCGCGUGCUCAUCCCGGAUGGAGACUCGGGGGCCUGGGUUCGGUCCCAGAUGCCGCUACUUCCUGCCAAGGUGACCUGGGCAAAGGCUUCGGCGCUCUAAGCCUCAGCUCUAGGGCAGCCUGAGACCAGGCAGAUAAAGGUCAUUCUUGCACAGGACAGCCCACCAUGGCCUCGGACCACCAGACCCAGGAGGGCAAGCCACAGCCCCUCAACCCCAAGAUCAUCAUCUUCGAGCAGGAGAACUUCCAGGGCCGCUCGCAGGAGCUCAGCGGGCCCUGCCCCAACCUGAAGGAGAUGGGCAUGGACAAGACGGGCUCCGUGCUGGUGCAGGCUGGACCCUGGGUGGGCUACGAACAAGCCAACUGCAAAGGUGAGCAGUUUGUGUUUGAGAAGGGGGAGUACCCCCGCUGGGACUCGUGGACCAGCAGUCGGAGGACCGACUCCCUCAGCUCCCUGAGGCCCAUCAAAGUGCAGGACAGCCAGGAGCCCAAGAUCAUCCUCUAUGAGAACCCCAACUUCACGGGGAAGAAGAUGGAGAUCCUUGACGAUGACGUGCCCAGCUUCCACGCCCACGGCUACCAGGAGAAGGUGUCCUCCGUGCGGGUGCAGAGCGGCACGUGGGUCGGCUACCAGUACCCUGGCUACCGCGGGCUGCAGUACCUGCUGGAGAAGGGCGAUUACAAGGACAGCAAUGACUUCGGGGCUCCCCACCCCCAGGUGCAGUCUGUGCGCCGCAUCCGUGACAUGCAGUGGCACCAGCGGGGCGCCUUCCACCCCUCCAACUAAUGCCCCUCAUUUCCUCCUUCCCAGGGGCCUGGUCUGCUGCCCAGCCCCCCCCCCUUCCAGGCCUCUUGGUGAAUGAAUAAAGUGUGACUUGCAACUGGUC